UGUCUGAAAAAUAUAUGACUGAAAGCUUACAAUGCAAAACAGCAUGCAAUCAUUAAAAGAAUGCAAUAAAUAGAAGAACAGAAAAACAAUGCAGAACUUUUACUUAUCAAUUAAAGAACUGCUAACAAAAUCUUUCUAGAAAUAACAUGAAAAAAACAUGCUUAUCCCAUAUCGAAACUGCACCUGCCUCUUAUCAUGCAGCACCGUUGGCAGAUGCGUUCUUUCGGCGAUAUCGCUGUCCAGACAGAUGCAACCCACACCCGGAUAGGCCUGUGAACCGGUGCUUCUAUUUCUGCGUAAAUCUCAUCCCCUAUGGGCGUUACUACGACGGAACGGAGUGCUACCAUCUGUCUCCGGUGGGAAACUUUUUCGACUGGAGAGGCUACUGCUACCGUGGUUUCUGCACAAGGUGGAGAUCCCGCCCUUCUGCCGCAGAUAUGUAUUGCGGCAACAGCACUGCGUCGACGUCUACUGCAACGGUCCGGACGACAAAACGCGAAAGUACCACUGUAACCAUGCCGGACACUUCACCUAGCACUGCCGUCUCAUCGACGUUGAAUACUGUUAGCAACAUUGGUACAUCGAGCAAGGUCCAAACAACGCCGCCAACGACUCCUGACGCGACGUCGGCAAGUGACGAACCUACAGAAGCUGCCACUGACAGUACGGCAAGUAACAAGACCGAAACUACCAGUCACACCACCACUCAGUCAACGGCUUUGAGUGAAAAGGCUUCGCCACCUGCUGUCAACAACGCAACAUCUAACGAACCAGCGUCAUCAACCACCUCCCAGACAACUACUACAGUCGUCGAAACUCAAUCAACCACUACCAGCAACACUCCUAAUGAAGCCAUGUCAUCGACCGCCUCGCAGACAUCAACCACAGUUACCGAACCAGAACCAACCAAUACCGCAAAGCCUAUACAAAAUGAUACUGUAACAACGACGACAACUGCCACCCAGCCAGUUUCGGUCACGGACAAAGGAAACGCUACCUCGCUGGAUGAGAAUGUGGCUAUCCCAGGAACAGAGGAAAAGCUUACUAACGUGGCUCCAUCCUAACGUCAAAUUUUCCUACUGACCAGCUUCUGCACAGAAAGAAUUGGGGAGCUAAAUUUUCUUUUCGCAGAAAAGCCUUAUUUAGUAAAUCUAGUAAUAAGGAUGGCUAAAUUAAACACGCAGAGUUAUGAAAUAAAAAAAGAAUCAU